AUGGUCAGAGCAGCACAGUGCCUGGAAGUGGCGCUGUCGGAGCCUGGCCCGGGGGUCCCCCAGUCCUUGAUUGUGGGGGACGUGGACGGGACCCCCUGGGAGCGCUGGGGCAGCGAGCGGGGCCGGAUGGAGCCGCAGAGACUGCUGUCAGCUGCCCCGAAACAGAGCUGGUUUGGGGUUUCCCCACCAGUGCUGGUAUUUCAGAACUUCGUCGCUGGGGAGGUCUCUGAAAUGGUGCUGUCUCUCAUGAACAAGGACAAGAUGCCUCGGCUGGUGAAGGUGUGCAUGGAGAGCUGCCCUUAUUUCCAGCUGGCGUGCCCCAGGGAUGUGUACCAUAUGGUGCCAGCAGGCGCCUCUGCCCCUGUGCGCAUCCGCUUCAGCCCCGACGAGAACAAGGAUUAUUGCCACGAGCUGGUCUGCAUCACUGCCAGGGAAAGGACAGUUGUGCCAAUUCGGGCCAUUGGUGCCCGAGCUGUGCUGGACUUCCCUGCCCAGCUGGACUUCUCCAAGUGUCCAGUCAAGGUCAGCACCCGGCAGACUCUGCUGGUGCGCAAUGUCGGUGCCCGGGCAGCUCGGUACCAGCUGAGCACCCAGAGUCCUUUCUCCGUGGUGCCGGCCACAGGAGCUCUGGGCGCUGGUGACACCGUGCAGGUGACAGUGGCAUUUCACCCGCUGGCCAGCGGUGCCCAUUGCGGCUCCCUGGCCGUGUGCUGCAGCUCAGGUGAAGAAAGAAUCCACACAAAGCUCCACGGAGAAGCUGUAGAUGUCAACAUUGGGUUGAGCACAGAUUCCGUGGAGGUUGACAAGACUUUCAUCACCAUGUCAAGCCACAGAACCCUGUUCAUUGAAAACAGGAGUAACAUCACAGCCCACUUCCAGUGGAAGGCUUUUCCUAGUGAGGAAGAAGAGAAUGAAGAGAAGAGGAGCAUGGUCCAGGAGAAGAUGGCAAAGGUGCGAGAAGACCCCAUGCUGUUCUCCCAUGACAUUUUUGUCAUUGAGCCAAUGGUGAAACUGAUGAACCAAGGAGCUCUUGAUGCUCCCUUCACCCGUAUCCCUUCAGGCAGCAACGUGGGCUUGUGCUUCAAGUUUGCACCCGAGGAGGGCAUCAUUGCAGCAGGUGGGAGCCAGAGUGUCCAGAUCUCCUUCAGUGCCACCGUGCUGGGGAGCUUUGAGGAAGAGUUCCAGUUCAGUGUGGCUGGAUCUCCUAGGCCUGCCAUCCUGACCAUCAAGGGCAGCGUCACUGCACCGAGUGUACACUUCGACCUCCCUGAGCUCGACUUCGGGGACAUCUCCUUUGGCUUUCCCUACACGCGGCGCUGCCGCCUCACCAACAGCUCCCCGGUGCCCCUGACGUUCCAGCUCCGCAUGUCGGACGAUGGCACGCAGCCGGCUGUGGACAGCGUGGAUCAGAUCCGCAGGGACACUGACCCGGCCUGGAGGAAGGGAAUCCAUUUCUAUGUGGAGCCCAGGGAGUUCACCAUGAAUCCCAGCCAAGGCACCAUCCUGCCCCAGGGACACCAGGAUAUCGAGGUGACCCUGUGCUCCAACACGGUGAUGGAGUUCUACAGGAGAAUGCUGGUGGACCUGGAGGGUAUUGGCAAGGGAGUGGCAACCCUGAUCCUCACAGCCAGAUGUCUCGUUCCUGAGCUCCAAGUGUCCCCCCAAGUGCUGCUGUACGAUGAGUGCCACCUGAAGGUGCCAUAUGAGAGGAAGCUCAUCAUUAGGAAUCCCAGCCACCUUCCUGGCUGCUACGGGCUCAUUCCCCAGCCCCAGAGCACAGCAGAGAUCCCAGUUGUGGUGGAAGUGCAGGCCCUGGGCACUCAUCGCACCAACGUUGUCAUCGGCGUGUUCGGGGAUGAGAGAAACCCACUGGCUUUCAGUAUCCUGCCAGUGUCAGGUGUGCUGCAGCCAGGAGAGAGCCAGCAGGUCUCCUCCACCUUCUCUGGCCACCUCAGCAGCACCUGCAAUGUCCCGGAGCUGUGCCACGUGGAGGGAGGCCCCAGCUACGAGGUGCUGGUGCCCGGGGAGGCCUCACGUGUCAGCUCCUCCCUGAGCCCCCGGGAGAUCAACUGUGGCUCUCAGGCCCCUCUCAGGGAGAGUCAUUUUGCCACCAACAUCGGCUCCUGCUUCAAGCAGCAGCUCACCCCCCGUGCGUGCUACAACAGCACCGUCCACACCGCCUGUGUCAAACCCUCCAUCUCCUCCUCCUAG